AUGCCUUCGUCAAGGUGGGGUGCCGACCCUGUCGUGCGGGAGCCGUCGGGUGAUUUUCAGUACAUUGGCGACUACGCCGUGGGUGAAACCAUUGGAAAGGGAAGCUUUGGGAAGGUCAAGAAGGGUCGUCACCUUCCGACCGGAGAGACGGUCGCCAUAAAGAUACUGAACCGUAACAAGUUGAAGAGUGCCAAAAUGGACCAAAAAAUCUAUCGCGAGAUAAAUAUACUCAAACUCUUUUCUCAUCCCAAUAUUUGCCGGCUCUACGAGGUCAUCUCAACCCCCACCGACAUCUUUCUCAUUAUGGAGUAUGUUGAGGGUGGCGAGCUCUACAGCUACAUCGUAAAGAAGGACGUGUUAAAGGAGGAUGAAAGCCGCUACAUAUUGCAGCAAAUUGUUUGCGCGCUAGAGUACUGUCAUCACUUCCUUGUCGUCCAUCGGGACCUCAAGCCGGAAAACAUUUUGCUCGGCCCCGGGCUGCAGGUGAAACUCAUCGAUUUUGGACUUGCCAACAUUAUGAAGGACGGCGAAUUUUUGGCAACCUCGUGUGGAUCGCCCAACUACGCUGCGCCAGAGGUCAUUUCCGGUAAGUUGUACUUUGGCCCAGAGGUGGAUGUGUGGUCGUGCGGGGUCAUUCUAUACGCCAUGCUCUGCGGGUAUCUCCCGUUUGAUGAGGACAACAUCCCACUGCUCUUCUCCAAAAUCAAAAAGGGGAGAUACACGAUUCCCCGUCAUGUUUCACACGGCGCGCGUGAACUCAUAGAGCAGAUUUUAGUUGUUGACCCGCUUAUGCGUCUGACGAUUCCGCAGAUUCGCGACAAUGUGUGGUUUAACGUGCAUCUUCCCAUGCGUCUUUCGUACAACGAAACAAUUUUCCUGACGAGGGAAAAACGUAUCUCGCCAAAGGCGGCAAGUCGAGCGGCGAAGAUUCUCGGUAUGCGGGACAGAGAUGUUCGCAGUGAGAUUGCGGAGGGCAGUGGUGCUGGCUUUGUGGCCUACAACAUUCUUCUGGAUGCAGAGCGAGGGAAACAGAUCAUCGCGGAAGCAGCCCCGUUCGCGGUAGAAGAUGACAUGCACGGUGGCUCAAAUCGCCUGGUGGCACACGUAUCGAAGGCAACAGAACGUGAGCUGAACCUUGGACUUCUGCUCACACAGAGCCCUGCCAUGGAAACACUCCUAGAAGCUGGGGAUGCCACCGCUAAUAAAAGUGCCUACAACUGCGGUAAUUUUCUUCCGGCUUCCGUGCAAGAGACAAAAAUGAUGGCGUUAUCCUUGCAUACACCAGUCUCGAAUGGUAAUUUCAGCAUUUCAAAGCGGCCAGACUCCCUUACAGACGGCACAAAUCCGUUUGGGUCCGGUAUUAUUGGAAGUGGUAAUAGUAUGCACCGCCCAUCCACUCUUUGCGCCAGCGUACGUCAAGGAUCAGGCAAUGCGCUCGCCACAAGUAUGAACGACCGUCAACGUGUUGGGUCUGUUGCGAAGUCCCACGUGAUCUACACGAGGGACGAGGAGGAAUUUAUUGUGCGGAACAACUUUGGCUGGCGGAUUGGUUUGAUGAGCGACUUUAACGCUGCCGUCUCACAGAAUGUCCUUUACGGCACACUGAGAGCCUUUGACAUGGAGUGGAAGGUACUGGCGCCAUUUCGUCUGCUGGCCCGCACAACGCCGGGGACUUGGGCCAAAAUUGGUCUCGCACCAACAAAGCCGCCGCAGACGCCGCUGUCGCUGGACCUCUCGGAAUACUCCAAAGAUGAUGUCACAAACCCGGCAGCGAACGCCCCCACUGCCGCUCCUCCCCAGGUGGUUGUGGCCCUGUACCUGUUUCGUAUCCAGGAGAAGCAUGACAAGGGAUACCUGGUGGAUUUUAGCGUGGUGAAGGGCGCACUUCUCGCGCUCGAGGUUGUGCUGCGCCUUUCAGCGACGCUCAUCCGUCGCAUGGGAUGA